UCUCAAAGUAUAUGAAAUCUUUUCUCUUCUUUUCAUUUAUUUCAAACGAUUCAGUAAAUAGUAUUAAGCUCCUGAUACAUGAAACAUUUGUCAAACCAUGCACCGGCUAACCCCUCUUACUGGUAUCUUGGAACGUUUGACAGCCAACAAUAGAUAUAAUAUGCCAGAAGAAUCUUCCGAUGCGGGACUCAUUCAUCCUAGCUAUGACACAGCUUUCAAACUACUGCUGUCAGCCAGAUUUUGUUCCGCCAUAUGGAGCCAUAUAACAGACUGUGAUGAAACGUAUAAUUACUGGGAACCGAGUCAUUACUUGCUCUAUGGAACAGGCCAACAAACAUGGGAAUAUAGUCCUCAAUAUGCACUACGUUCAUAUAUGUACUUAUUAGUGCAUAUAGUACCAGCAAAAGUUUAUCAUUAUUUAUUGGAACCUAAUCCUGUGCUGGUGUUUUAUUUUAUACGAUGCCUCCUGUCUGUGGGUUGUGCAUUAUCCGAAGUAUAUUUUUACAAAAAUGUUUGUCGCGAAUUUGGAACCCAUAUAGCAAGACUUACAUUAGUCUUCCUUAUUCUUAGCUCUGGAAUGUACAUUUCUAGUGCCGCAUUUUUGCCAUCAUCUUUUUCAAUGUACUUCAGUACUGUUGCUACAGCAGCUUGGUAUGCUCGUCAAUAUGAAUUAGCCAUAUUUACUACUGCCAUUUCUUCAUUGCUGGGAUGGCCAUUCGCUGCACUACUUGGACUUCCGAUUGCCAUUGAAAUGCUGACACAAAAACGGGAAUGGGUCAAAUUCAUAAAGUGGUUUAUCAUAUCUGCUGUUGUAAUUGUAAUACCAAUGGUAUCGGUAGAUUCCAUGUAUUUUGGCAAAUUUGUUGCCGCGCCAUUAAACAUUAUAUUAUACAAUAUUUUCACUAGUCACGGGCCUAAUAUUUAUGGCACUGAGCCAUUCAACUAUUAUAUCAUUAAUGGAUUCUUGAAUUUCAAUUUUAUCUUUAUUGGUGCAUUACUAGCGCCUUUAGGUUUGCUUUUAGUAUGGCUGAUUGUACCAACACGCCCAAGAGAUCGUUUGUGUCUUUCUUAUUGGUACUCAUUGGCUCCCUUAUAUCUAUGGAUCAUUGUCUUUUUUUUUCAACCGCACAAGGAGGAACGAUUCCUAUUUCCAGUAUAUCCUAUGAUUUGUUUGGCAGGCGCUAUAACAGUGGAUAUCGUACAGAAAUUGUACUUUUAUGUUAGGACGAAACUCAAUCCAUCGCAUAUCAGUUGUCACUACUUACAAUAUACCGCGCAUAUCACCAUUUUAGCGAUACUAACGUGUGGUCUCUUAGGAUUAUCAAGAUCUUUGGCGAUUUAUAAAGGGUAUUAUGCUCCUAUGGAAGUUAUGAUUGAAGUUAAUAAGCUGGGCACUGAAGGUGCAGUACCUAACGACGUUAAUAUAAAUUUUUGUAUCGGAAAAGAAUGGCAUCGCUUUCCCAGCAAUUUCUUCUUUCCAUCCCACAAUUGGAAGUUACAAUAUUUAAAGUCGGAGUUUAAAGGACAAUUACCACAACCUUUUUCAGACCAUGAAAAUGCAACGAGUAUAAUACAACCGCAUUUUAACGAUAUGAACAAAGAAGAAAUAUCGCGCUAUUUUAAUCUCGAUAAAUGUCAUUUUCUACUAGAUCUGGAUAUAGGCACUGAAACAGCCUUAGAACCGAAUUAUUCUCGUCUAAGUGACCAUUUUACUGUUGUAAAGUCUUCAAAAUUUUUAGAUGCAUCAAAGUCACACCAGUUUUUCAGAGCUUUUUACAUCCCAUUCCUAUCUCAUAAGUUUUGUACAUACGGUUCGUAUAACUUAUUACAAAGUAAUAAGUUCAGAUCCAUUUUGUCCUCUAAACAGAAGAAUUCUAAACUUUCAUAAGCAAAAGACAAUUUUGAGUUAAAUUAUAGAAUCAUUUGCGUAAUUUGCAGUGUCAAAGAAUCGUUAUUACAUAAUGUUUAUAGUAAUGUAUAUAUUACAUUCCAGUAAUUAGUUAAAUAAUUCAAAUCAAAGAUCUUUAUUCAAGAUUUCAUCGCUCCAAUGAAAUCUUUG